AUGCCGUCACCGUCAUCGUUAUCGACGCCAUCCUCAGCAUUAACAUCGUUAACCGGCCAGGCCAUACCCCUACCUAUAAACGAAUCCAUCAACUCGCUCAUUAACACUACUGUUUCGUCCUUCGAUGAGGCUACCUUCGAUGAGGCUACCUUCGAUGAGGCUACCUUCGAUGAGGCUACCUUCGAUGAGGCUACCUUCGAUGAGGCUACCUUCGAUGAGGCUACCUUCGAUGAGGCUACCUUCGAUGAGGCUACCUUCGAUGAGGCUACCUUCGAUGAGGCUACCUUCGAUGAGGCUACCUUCGAUGAGGCUACCUUCGAUGAGGCUACCUUCGAUGAGGCUACCUUCGAUGAGGCUACCUUCGAUGAGGCUACCUUCGAUGAGGCUACCUUCGAUGAGGCUACCUUCGAUGAGGCUACCUUCGAUGAGGCUACCUUCGAUGAGGCUACCUUCGAUGAGGCUACCUUCGAUGAGGCUACCUUCGAUGAGGCUACCUUCGAUGAGGCUACCUUCGAUGAGGCUACCUUCGAUGAGGCUACCUUCGAUGAGGCUACCUUCGAUAAUACAUAA